AUCAUUCUUGAUCCGAUUUCAAUGCGGAUUCCAACAGAAAUAUCUCGACUGACGAUGGCCAGCACGGAUCAGAGUGGCACGGACCAAACGGAUCGGGGAUUGCGAAAGGAUUACUUCAACAGUAGUGGUCUCGUUAAGUUCCUGCCGCCGGUUUUCAAACUUCUCGAAUUGGCUGUCGCCAUAAUCUGCAUAGGACUGAUCGACGAUCCGGCCAAUAAUUCACGAUUCCGGGUGUUUAUGUCAACGCGUACAGCUGCCCUGGCCUACUCCACCUUCGUACCGUUCUUAAUCUUUCCACUGAUCUACUUGUUCGGGAAAGUGAUCAGAGAGAACAUCCCAUGGAAGUUACAAUCUCUACUUAAUCUAACAGCCUUCAUCAUGUAUCUGGCAGUAGCGGCUUGCCUGUUGAGUGAUUGGGCAGAAACGAAAAAUCGAAACUAUUGGCCACCGAAUACACAACGAAUGGACUUCCUGUGUGGUGCUGGUGCCGUAUCAAUUGUUGGGGCACUGCUUUUUCUGAUCGAUCUGGUCGUCACUGUGCGGUUGGGAAUCCGAGGAGACAUCGAAUAAAAAAAAAGAAUCAUCCGCAGCCGAGUCAACGGAUACGUUCAGUAUUGUAAAUAAAUAGCACAAGUAACACCGGAAUUCGUAGCGUUGGAUUACAUCCGUCCAGUCGUAGUGCAUAAUAGUUCACCAUAUAUGGAUCUUCUUUGACAACUUUCAAACUUAUUUUUUAUCACGUAUCAUAAAGACAUCAACAUGUAUUGACCAAAAAAUAGCUUUAAGGAUUAAAUCGUAUUGUUUUUUUCAUACCGUGGAUCUAUGGAUUGUUACAUUGACAUAAUUUACAUCGAAAACUAACUAGUGCAGAAUGACAAAUUUUAAAUAUUUUAUGUUAUUGUUUUAAAUAUGUGAAUGUUGAGCCAUAUUGCAGAUUAGCUUUAAUUUCAAUGUACAAAUAAAACAUUCGAUCAUGUUGAUUCGCGCCAGAUAUUUAAAUUAAUUUCAAUAAAUUACUGUGAAAUGUAAA